UAUAUUUCUACACCAUACUCUAUUUUCUUGUUCUAUCCCCUACCUUACAUUUCUUCACCUUAGUUAUAUACAUGGCUUCUAGUGGUGGCAAAGGCAAACCUUUGUGUAAUCAUUCUCUAAUGCACCUCCCAAAACGCUCCGUUUUGCUGAAGGACUACCUCAUGAGGGACGACCUCAGUUCGUGUUCAUCGAACGGUUUUAAAUCGUUCCCGCGGCAACAGUGCUGCACAAGCGUGGGAUUUCAACGCAAACGAAGGAAUGCACUCCCUCGACCACGUUCCACGUCUUCUUAUUCGGCUCUGCAGAGAGCUUCGGGAGCCAUAAUGAAGGCUAUAAAGUCACUCCCCUUGUCACAAAAGAAAACCAAGAAAGCUUCCACCGGUCUUCUUUCUAGAAGCUUCUCGAGGAAGCUGUUGAGUAGAAGCUUCUGGAGAAAGGCGGCGAGGGAGGAGGGAAGCGAAGGUGUGCCGCGGAGGAGGAGAUCUUUCCGCGAACUCAUCAUGCAGGAUCAGGAGCAUCGUAAAGCGACGUCGUUGAAUGAGGAUAUUGUGUUCUCUGCACGUGCCACGAGCAUCACCACCUCUUCCGGCUGCGGUAGUGACAGCUGGGGAGAGAGUGAAUUCACUUUUGCUUCCACCGCUGCUUCCUCUGAGACCUCCAAUGAAAACUACCUCGUACUUGAGGGCACCAAAGAGGGUGCACGUGCACCUCAUCACAAGGUGGAACCAGUGGUAGUAACCAAGGAAUACUGGGCAAAUGAGAAGGAACAAUUUAGUCCUGUAUCGAUACUGGAUUGCCCAUUUGAAGAUGAAGAUGAUAUUUACAAUUCUCAUUUCAAUUCCACUUCGACUAUUCUUUCCUUUUCUGAAGGCGCCAAACACAAACAUAUGCAGAAAAGACGGCAUUUUGAAAGCGCGACUCAACUGGAGCCGGUGGUUUUAGAGAAAAGGUUCGCGCGGUUAGAGUUGAAGGAUGAACCACACAAUCAUUCUUCAAAACAAUGCUCCAUAUUAAAGCGUAACGAUAACAAGUUGCGUCGUGACAACAUUGGCAUCAUCGAGGAAAAUGCUCGCGAUCUCCUAAACUUCGUUAAAAGGUCAAUACCAUCAAACAGUUUGAUAGUUAAGGCAGAGAACCUGCUGUUUGAUUUCUUCAAGCAGAGUAUUGGUGAAAGUGAAGACAUUGAUCACUCAAAGAAGUUUCAACUUUGCAAGGUAGCGGAAGAUUGGAUACAUGGGCAACCCCAGGAACAGUAUUUGGGUUGGGAAGUGCAGGGAGGAAGGUGCGUCUACAUUAGCGAGAUGGACAAGUGUGGGGAAUGGAAGAACUUUGAUAAAGAAAUUCAACAAUUGGCAAUGGAGUUGGGAAACGAGGUCUUGGCAAAUUUGGUUAAUGAGUUGGUACUUGACCUCACCACACAUGCUAGUCACUGAGAUGAGAUCCAUGCUGCGACUAUCUUAUUUCAUUGUUUUCAAUUGUAUUCGUUUCUUCUCCCUGUCUCGGGGAUACGGGUGGAUCAAUUUUGGAACUAUUCGGGGAAAUUUUGGUUUUAGUAAUGAUGAUUUUCUUCCCCAUAUUUAUCCUGCAUGAAAUGCUUUCACACCCUAUAUAUAAUGCUAGACCUACGUGUUGUGUUGAUCAUAAAUAUUAAAUAGUCGAGAGAGGAGAUCAAAUUCAAAAAAUAUAUAUAAUAAAAUGUUGGUACGUCCAAAAAC